UUAACGGUUUUUAAAAUACAGUUAUUCUGUUCAUUUAGGACCACCAAAAAGAGCUAAAAAUAUGCAUGUUGCAGAACACAGACUAAAUGGUUUUAUCAUGAAAUGGGAUUACCUACGGAACGAUCUUCUUUUUUACGAUAUUACAAUAACAAAUAUAUUAACAAGCGAAGUACAAAGGUUUAAGCUUAUGGAGAAUCCUUCAUACACGCAGCAGACAUUGAAAUUUCAAUUUUCUAACCUGGAAAGAGGGACGAAAUACGAAGUUCAAAUAAGAGCAACAGACAAACAAGGACAGGUUGGUAGAUGGAGCACCAAACUGAGUGUAACAACGGUUUCUACAAUGCCUCCUAUAAUGGUGGAGCAUCCAGCCACCGUUCAUGUAGGUGAAGGACAGACAUACAAUAUGAGCUGUGUUGUAGAUGCAAGUCCUGCAGCUACUUUUAGAUGGUUUAGAAACGGGGUGGUGAUUCCAAGCACAGAUAACAGAUACAUUUUAGCCGGUCAUAUUUUAGUCGUCAAAGAUGCGCUCCAUGGUAGAGAGAAUAGCGAAGCUAAAUAUAAAUGCGAAGCACAAAAUUAUCUUGGGAAAUCAACUAGUAAUGAGGGAGAGCUUAAAGUUGAAUGGAUUGGAGAAAGUUUUCUACAUGCACCGGGACACAAAAUCUUCUAUCGAAAUCAAAAGUUCUUAAGAAUAUCAGUCAGACCUCCAGUUGGUUCUGCUUCUACAAUUCAUUGGUUCAAAUCUGGUAAAAUCAUCAGAAAAUCAACCCAUCCACAGUUUUCGAAGACGUAUUACGUUGAUCCAACUGGCAAAUUUUAUAAUGCUCUGGAUAUCCGUAACCUGGGGGCGACUAUUGAUGACGUAUAUACUGCCACUGCUAAUAACCUGGGUGGCAUGGGAAGAAUGGAUUUUAGACUGGUGCUUGCAAAUGCACCAUUGGCUAUAACCACUUUAAAAAUGAAGUCCCAAAACCAUGGACAGAUAGUACUACAAUGGGACCCACCAAUGGCUCGUGGAAACAUACAACAGCUUGGUAACAGGUUUAGAUUUAGAACUGAUAUAACACGAUUUGAGUUAGCAUAUGUCGACACAUCAACCGGGACAGAACAUAGUGUCAGUACUGUUGGAGAAUAUACUGAUAAUAUGUACUUUAGUAAAAUGCAUGUCAUAUCAAGAUUAAAAACAGGCGUGGUUUAUCGAUACAAAAUUAGGAGCAUUGAUCAUGGAAAUCAAAUUAGUACAUGGUCAUCCUGGUUUGAACAUAGCAUUCCUUCAACACUGCCUCCGUAUAUCAUGGAAGGUCCCAAACCAACUUACAAUAUCAUUGCAAACCAAAACAUUUCUAUUCCAUGUGAAGUAUCUGCAACACCCACUGCUAGUGUCACUUGGUACAAAGAUGGCCAGGUACUUGCCAAUACAGAUCAAAGGUUUCAAAUGGAUGAACAUAAUUUAAUAGUUACAUCUAUUCAAGCUAACUAUUCCGGUGUAUUUUACUGCGAAGCAGAAAACAAGUAUGGCGUAGUAAGAAGUGAAAAAGCAACUGUUGUGGUCUACUAUUUCAACAACAAUUUCCAAUACUUUAAAAACAAUUCAGCUGUUUAUGACGUAAAUGGCUAUCGUGAUGCGCGCAUUCUAUGUCGUCCACCAUUAAGCAAUCCUCCUGCGAAAGUUCUUUGGACAAACGAUACAAAAACAUUGUUAAAAUACAGCGACAGAAUUGUUAGGGAUGACAAUUACAUCAUGAAUGGAGUCAAUUACUACUCUUUGAAGAUUUUAAGAGCAACUGAUUUCAUUGGUAAUUGCAUUGGUUGUGCUGCAUACAAUCCAGUAUUUGGUUUUGGUGGUAAUAGAUAUAAAGUGGCUGUUAGUACUAUAAUACUGUUAGGCAAGCCCUCAUGGAAGAAAAAGAUCACAGUUUUUUGGAAAGUUGGUGGAACACUUUCUGUUUCCUGGCACAAAGAACGUGAUGAUAUUGCAUCGUACACUAUGCUAGUGAAGGAAGACACUUCCUCGUUUAAAGUAGUCAAUGUGCUUUCAAGUAAUGAUACAUCAAUUGACAUCAAAAAUUUGUCAUAUUCCAUUCCAUAUCGGAUAGAAGUUAUUGCAAUUAAUAUUGCUGGUCAACGUAGUGAGCCCGCUGUUGCAAACGUUAAAGAAUUUAAAUUAGUAAUGGUGAAAAUUUCCAAAGAUUUAAAGUUAAAUGGUAGUCUACAUAGAGAAGGAACAAACAAAACGCUAACUUGUGAUUUUCAUGGUGACCCAAAACCGUUUAUUACUUGGUUAAAAGAUGGAAUCAACAUCACAAUAAUAAAUGGAAGUUAUGAAGUAUCAAAUGAUAACCGACAGAUAAAAUUGAUCAAUAUUCAGCGUUUAAUACACACUGGAAAUUAUCAGUGUCUUGGCAGUAAUAAAUAUAACAACGUUACAACCUCAAUAUCAAAGCUUGAAGUUUCUUGGAUUGAUCGUAUAUUCAACUUUAUUGGCACAAAUCAAACAUUCUACAACAAAGAUGAAUAUCGUCAAGUCCAAUUCAAGUGUUCACCUCCAGACGCGCAUCCUCCUCUCAUACGAAGUAGACCUGGUUAUGUAAGAUGGAUGAAAAAGAGAAAUAUGUCGAACGUUACUGGUAUUCAAAGCGUUGAAAGGAAAAAUAAUCUCCUCAUUGAUGUCAUAACAUUUAAUGCUACUUUGGAUGAUGUUGGCGAGAUUUCAUGUGUUUACUUUCAUGAAGCUGAUCUGAGACAGCAAACUAUGAUGCUGACUGUUACUGACAAGCCUUCAUGGUCGAAGAAAGCGUCUUUUUAUUGGACACUGGGAGCAAAACUAGCUGGUAACUGGACAAAGGAAAGAGCAGAUAUCAUAUCAUAUGUAAUAAGUGUGAAAAUUAGCAAAUCUCCAUUUACAAUACAAAAAGUUGUUGCAACCACGGACACAAAAAUUGAGAUCGCUGGAUUGCAGCAAGAUAUUUCAUACCGCAUAGAAGUCAUUGCAAUCGAUGUUUCUCAACAGAAGAGUUUACCAUCAAUAACCACAAUUCAGGCAUGGAACAAUAUUGAAGUGAAAGUUACAAAAGACUUGGAAAUAAAACCCAAGAGACUCAAAGAAGAAACAAGUGAAAUCCUAACAUGUGAUUUCAGUGGAAGCCCAAGGCCCGUAAUUACUUGGUUUAAAGAUGGAAUCAACAUCACAAUAAAAAAUAGAAGUUAUGAAGUAUCAAAUGAUAAUCGACAAAUGAAAUUAAUUAACAUUAAUCGGAACAUACAUCCUGGAAAGUAUCAGUGUGUUGCUAGUAACAAAAAUUUCCAAAAUGUCGGAUCAACGAUAUCAAGUAUGGAAGUGGCCUGGUUCAAUCACAAUUUCAAAUAUAAUGAUACUGACAAAACAUUUUACGACAAAGAUGGUUUUAGAAGAGUAAAAUUUGCUUGCUCACCUCCGGAUGCUUAUCCACCAAUUAAUAGGACACCCAAACAAUACAUAAUAUGGCAAAGCAAGGAAAGAGUGCUAAGUGGCGUGACUGGUAGCACGCAAGAAGGAAGUGUUAUACUUGAUUUUAUCGAGUUUGAUGCAACUGUUAACGAUGUUGGUCCUAUAUCUUGUAUUUAUGUACAUGAAGCAGGCGUGAGAAGAUACAGUAAAAUGCUGAAGCAAAUUGGAAAACCAGAAUGGAAAAAUGGUGUAAAGUUCUAUUGGAAAGAUGGUCCAAAGAUUUAUGGUACAUGGGAUAAAGAACGUUCUGAUAUAGUGUCAUAUGUUGUCACUUUUAAAGAAAAUGUUUUACCAUAUAACAUCAUCAAAGUUGUUGCCGUUACUUCGUCUUCUGUUGAAAUAUUUGAAUUACCGAUGAAUCAAUCAUACCGAGUGGAAAUAGUUGCUAUGGAUGUCGCAUUGCAAAGUAGUGCACCAGCAGUGGUUGUAAUAGAAGCUGUCUCUGAAGUAAAAGUUGCCAUUGAUUUACCAAUAAAAAGUGGCAGAUUUAAAGAAAAAAGCGACGCAACCUUGAUGUGUGAUUUUAGUGGAAAUCCAAAGCCCUCAAUUACUUGGUUAAAAGAUGGAAUCAACAUCACAAUAAAUAAUGGAAGUUAUGAAGUAUCACAAGACAAUCGACAAAUGAAAUUGAUUAAUAUUAGUCGUAACAUACACGCUGGCAAAUAUCGGUGUGUUGCUAGUAACGUUUUGUCAAGAAAUAUAUCCACAAAAAUAUCGAGCGUUGAAGUUACAUGGAUUGAUUUUAAAUUCAAAGCUGUAGCAACAGAUCAGGUAUAUGAGAAUCACGAUUGUUGUCGUAAAGUCAGGUUUUUCUGCUCACCACCUGAUGCCUAUCCCGACUUCAACAAUGUAGGGAGGAUAUUGUGGUUAAAAGGGCGUAAUGAUGAGUUAGUACAAGGAAGACAAACUGUGCAAUAUCACCAUUCGUUGAGGAGAGAUGUUAUCGAAUUUAGCGCUACGGAAACUGAUGCAGGCCGAAUUUCUUGUAUUUAUGUACACGAAGCCGGCUCGAGAAGACACAAUAUGAAUUUAAAGAUUCAUGACGGCCCAUUGCCUCCUUAUCCUUUAAAAACGACCUUGGAUUCUUAUAACGUUGCUACGUUGAUUUGGACCGCUUUAAACGAAACAAUUGACAAUUACCAUUUGGUCUACGGCCCGGAUCGAACAAACAUAACGAUACUGGAUUUUCCAGCUGAUAAAACGAAGUAUGUUAUCGAGGAUUUGAAAGAUGACAAGGCAUACAAACUGUCUUUGUUUUCGGUAAAACAAGGAAAGUUAAGUAUGCCGUUGUCAGAAGAAUUUACAACUGUGAAAUCACCUGAUAUACCUUCGGUGGUAAAUUUCACAGCCUCUUCAAUCCAAUGGAAUUCUAUUUCCUUUACAUGGAAUAUUUCUUCAGAUGUGUAUCAACUGCGCAAAUACCAGUUGGUGGUUAAGUCCAAGUUUGCGACCAAGUACUACGGUCUUGCUGGCACAGCAAUAUCGUAUACAGUAAAACACUUACAAGAGAAAGAGCUUUAUACUUUUUUGAUCUAUGUUGUUGACAGACAUGGAAAAAAGGGAAAAACAUCGCAAUUAAAAUUAACAACAGCUGAUUUUGUUCCAUCCACUAUACCUAACUUUGUUCACACUGUUAUUACCUGGAAUUCUGUCUCAUUUAUCUGGGAGACACCACCAGACAACACGAAGAUAUCAAUGUACAAGCUUAAAGUUAAAUCUUCGACUGCUACGAUAAUGCACGAUGUUAAUCGAACAUUAAACGCGUAUAGUGUUAGGAAUUUACACGAAGGCGAAAAAUAUACGUUUGGUAUUUAUGGAGUUAAUGAAAAGGGUCGACAAGGCAAGCCAACAGAAUUAUCUUUGCAUACCGUGGAUUUAGGUAUACCUUCAGCACCUCUUAAUGUUACAACGUCCAACGUGAUUGGUUAUGAAAACACACAGAUAUUCAUCACGUGGUUAACUCCAGCCAAUAAAAAUCUAGCCAAUAACCCGCCAAACGAAAUAUCAUACCAUUUAAGGUUUUGUGAUGAAACAGCGUGUAAGUAUAUGGGUAAUAUAACAGAAAAAGAAAUUCGUCUGCGCGGUUUGACACCAAAAACGAAUUAUAAUUUCACAUUGACAACAAUGAGAGCUGAUUUCCGUCCUGGGAAAGGUUAUGCUGGUGUGUUUGAAACAAAACUCACUCUUCCGCGAAUCAAAGGAUUUAGAAUGUCUAUUCAGAAAUGGGACUCACUUUCACUCAUUUGGGACAAACCUUCAUCAUUCCAAUUACAAAGUGUUUCAAAUUAUGUUCUUGUGGUGAAUAAAACACAAGUCUUUCAAGUGCAACACUCAGCAACUCAAUACACUGUAGGAAAUCUCCACGAAGGAACGAUCUAUGUUUGCUCAAUAUAUCCUGUUAGUGGGAAUGGAGAGAAGGGAUUGCCAACAACUGUAUCAGCUCAAACGCUGAACUUAGGAAUUCCUGGUGUACCACAACAUGUAAAAAGUAGGCAAGUGGAUCGCUUCGAAAACACACAAGUAGACAUCACAUGGGCUGUACCACGUGACGAAGAAUUGGCUAAUAAUCUACCGAAUGAAUUAUCAUAUCAUGUGCGUUAUUGCAAUCAAAUGCGCUGUUAUAAUAUUUCCAGUAUCAAAGCUUUAAGCGUACGCUUAUUUGACUUGACUCCUGGAACGAAUUACACGUAUAACCUGACAACCAUACGUGCUGAUAUGUUGCCAGGUGAAAGUAUAAAAGGAUCAUUUCAAACUCAUCCAGAUGUGCCCUCAGUGCCACAAUCCUUGAAAUGGGAGAAAUCUUUUUCUGAUCCGUCCACAGCAUUAACGCUACGAUGGGUACACCCAAAAAUUAUGGCUGGCACGGUACAAGCAGAUAUGACAUUUUUAGUUUUAUACUGUAAGAGAACAGAGAAAAGAUCUCUAAUAAACUGCAAAAGAAAAAGAAUUACAGGGACUAGUAUAGAAUUAACUGAUCUCGAACAAAAAACCAGCUAUGAGGUUUCAGUGAGUGCGAUUCAUUAUACUGGUGCAAUUGGAGAAGCUUUUACCAUUACAGUAACAACUGAAGAAAAAGCAACUACAUUAUCAACAGCAGUAAUUUCUGGCAUUGUCGUUGGUGUCGUUGUUUUGAUUUUACUGGUGACUCUGUCCUAUUGGUAUUAUUAUCGUGGACCAAGAAAAGAAAAGAAGAAAAUAAAACUACAAGAACGGAUUGAAAAAGAGCAAAGAGAACAAGAAGAGCAACAAAAGCAAUUAAAAAUUCAAGAACGAAAACAUUAUCAGCAUCAAAAGGACAUAUACAAACAAAAAGAACGUAACUUGAAGAAGCAAAGAUAUCAACAGAAAAGAAAUAUACGACGCUAUGAAGUUUCUCAUGAGAUGCAAGGAGGAGGAUACGACUUUUAUUGAAAUGUUUAUAAUAUCAUUAGUAUUGUGAAUCUCUAUAAUAAUAGCCGUUAUUUA